GUACUUUGUGACUGCUUCUUCUUUCCGUCGCUGCGUUGACGGAUCGUUAAAAGUGAGGUUACUCGACCCUGUUAGGUAAUAAUCGCUUAAAAAUGGCAUCGCUGCUCAAACAAUUGACAAGAUACGCGUGCAAACCGACGUUCAGGCAAGCAGCCGCAGCCAAUUUCGUUAAGUACCGGAGCACCAAGGCCGAGGAAACGAGACCGACCGCUCGGAAGCACGACGAGCCUGCACGUAUUCAGCUCAAAGAAUUCGGCGUCUAUGUCGCCGAUUGCCUGCCCAAGUAUGUCCAAAAGGCGCAGCUGACCGCGGGCGACGAACUCGAGCUCCUCAUCGCUCCCGAGGGCGUGAUACCCGUUUUAACUUUCCUCAAAGAUCACCACCAAUGCCAGUUCACCAACGUGGCGGACAUAGCAGCCAUGGACGUGCCCAGUAGGCAGUACCGAUUCGAACUGAUAUACAAUCUGUUGUCGCUGCGUUUCAAUUCGCGAAUCCGCGUGAAAACCUACACGGACGAGCUGACCCCCAUAGACUCGGCGUGCGAGGUAUACGAAGGUGCCAAUUGGUACGAGCGCGAGGUCUGGGACAUGUACGGCGUGUUUUUCGCCAACCACCCCGAUCUGAGGCGCAUCCUUACCGAUUACGGCUUCCAAGGACAUCCGUUCCGCAAGGAUUUCCCGCUGAGCGGAUACGUCGAGGUUAGGUACGACGACGAAAAGAAGAGGGUGGUGCUGGAGCCGCUGGAACUCGCACAGGAGUUCCGCAGGUUCGACCUGUCUGCGCCGUGGGAGCAGUUUCCCAACUUCCGACCCGCGCCCGAGACGGUCGCGGGAGCCGAAUCAGAUGACGGGAAAAAAUAAAUGCCUUU